AUGGCUUGGCUUGAGCGCCAUGAGCCAUGGGUUGAUUGGAGGUCUAAGACCUUAGGCGCUACGCGCAAUGUUCCUAGCGAAGCUUUGGAGAGUCAUGAAUCCACCUUUGCUAGGCAGCAGAAGCGCUAUUGGCGCGAGCCUUUGACAGAAGAUGUCAAUGUGCUGGAUAUUGGACAGUCCGAGUUAUCCAACUCCAAUGUUACAAACAUGAGUAUCGAGCCUAGCUCGUCUAAAACUAGUGAAACGGCACGUACUCCGUUGAGUGGUACUCGUUGUGAUAACGAGUCACUGCAUGCUGAAAGCAUGGUUGGCCUAGGGCCGAGUGAUCAAGGACGUGAUUCCUUUGAUGUGUGUAUGGUGGCACGUGAAAUUACACCGAGUGCGGUCGGCCGUGAGAGCACCGAACUGAAUGUCGGUAAUGACAUUUUUGGCCAUAUGCCAUUUAGUGUGGGCGGCCGUGAGGGCACCACGCUUAACGCCGGUAAUGGCGUUGUUGGCGAUUCGCCAUAUUGUGUGGGCGGCCGUGAGGGCACCACACCUAAUGUCAGUAAUGAUAUUGUUGGCGAUACGCCGUAUAGUGUGGGCGGCCGUAAGGGCACCACACCUAACGCCGGUAAUGGCGUUGUUGGCGAAACGCCGUAUAGUGUGGGCGGCCGUGAUGGCACCACGCUCAAUGUCAGUAAUGAUAUUAAUGGCGAUACGCCGUAUAGUGUGGGCGGCCGUAAGGGCACCACACCUAAUGUCAGUAAUGACACUGUUGGCGGUACGCCGUAUAGUGUGGACGGCCGUGAGGGCACCACACCUAAUGUUGGUCAAGACAAAAGCUCUCGUGUAGAGCGUACUAUGGUUGGUAGUAACCAUGGGGACAAUAUUGUCCCGACCCCUAAGGGGGAGUAA